AUGGCCAAGCACGACUAUCCGUACAGGAAGAGUAUUAACAUCACCGCUUGGAUCUUGCAGAUCUUGGUGUGCAUAGUGCUCCUAGCUGCGUCGGCAUGGUUGUUAUGGUUUGUAGAGCAGCAAGAUCUUGAUACUAUCUUGGGUGAUUAUAAUGGACUUUUCACUGCCUCUGCCGGCCUUCAAAUCGCCAUUACCGGCCUUAACAUCGUCAUAGACAUAAUCGAGAUCAUCUUAAUCUCCAAGAAGCGAAUGCCGCCAGAGUUGUUCCUCGCGAGCGCUUGCAUCAAGACCGCAAUCUGGGGUAUCAUCUUCACACUGGACGUGAUCGCACAGUCUGUUCUCUCCUGUAUCCUGACUAUAAUCCUACUUGUGACGUCCUUGAUCCAACUUGUCCACGCAGCGAUCAUCGUCCACCGCAAGCGACGGGGCACCCUGAGGGGCGGCAACUACGCACCCGCCGUCAACCCGCAGGGCUUGGAGGAGGGCGUACAUGCCCAGCCGGUGCCGGGGUACUACUACCCGCCCCCCACCAACACCGAGUACAAAUCGCCUGCUCCAUCGCCGCCGCCGCCCCAACAAUAUGGAUACCCGGCGGGAGAUGCCUACGCGCCACAGGUGCCUGCGGGCUCCUUCGAGCUCGACAGCCGAGCCCGGAACGUUUAG